GAUGCGACCACACCACCGGAAGGAUGUGGACGCCAUUCCUCUGUCAUCCCACGGCAACGCCAUGGCGUCCCCUCCGCUCGCGGCGGCCCGGACACACUCGCCACCAGUGCCCAAGCUGCACCUGCCGCCGUGCGUCCCUUCUCGUCGGACGGCUGCGGCUACGCGAUGGGAGCCCGUGCGCAAGCGAGUCAGAGCAACUCAAGGCGGUGGCGGCUCGGCCUCGGCGGCGACGGAGGAGCAGGAGGAGAGGAAGCGGUGCCUGAGGUGCGGCGGUAUGUACCUGGACGAAGAGAACCACCCCGCCGCCUGCGCCUUCCACGGCCACGUCACAGGCGAGAAGGGGCUGUUCUCGCUGUCGCCACCGCACCAGGGGAUCGACGGCGAGUGGAGCGACAAGAGCGGGGUCAUCGUGUACCGGUGGAACGACGAAGGGAGCCGACCCAACACCGGCCGCGCCAACUGGAAGAAGCGGUGGAGCUGCUGCCAGGAGCGCGACGAGCACGCGCCGCCGUGCCAACGCGGGUGGCACGUCUCCUACGACGACGGCUACACCCUCUUCUAGGCUGGUACUGUAUCGCAGACGCCUAUCAAACAUUUUAUGGACUCGUCAGUCGGGAAAAAAUGUAGAACUUCAUGCAGGUCAAGUGGUGACGGGUGAUAAAUUUUCGGUCUAGAAGUAAUAUGGCUUCGCUUGACGA